GAACCAUGUAACUAUGAUUUGCAGCAAUUCAAACCAGGUUACACAGCUUCUCCUCCAUUAUUCGAAAUGGGGCGUAUUCCAAUGAGCUUCAGGGGGAACUGGGAGAUUUCUCGAAGGAACUUGGAUAGUUCUAGCUAUAUAGCAAUGGUUUCUUCAAACCGCAAUGUUGUUGAUACCGACUAUGAUGAGUUCUCAGAUUCUGCUGCAACCAGCGUGCUAUGCUGCCAUUCGUUUGCUAUUGUUUUCAUGGUUCUCCUGGUUUUGAGGCACUCUCUUCCCCUCAUAUUCAAUGAAACCGGUGGUUACUCUUUCCCUCUGCUUCUGUCGAUUUGCCUGCGAAGUUUACUGAUCUUUCUACCAAUAUACGUUAUGUUCAAAGUAGUCUCUGCAGUUCAUCGCCGUCGACUUCUCGUAAGCCUGGCUACAUCUUCUAGUUCAUCCAUUCAUUCAACCAGCAUAGUUAGGAGUUCGACAUCCGUAUCGUCCCAACCUCAGCCUUACAUUAUCCGCGUUCGGUCAGUUUCAUAGCAGCAGAAGGUCUGAGAAAUUGGACUGCGAGCUGAAGAAUGGUGUUGGUAUGGGGGGGAUACAUGGCAGUAGGCUUUGCUUUGUGUAUAGAUGGGUAUAGAUGUUUGAAGUCGUUAUGCAGUUUAGUUUAUUAAAUGAUUGGUUUGUGUUAGAAAUUCUUUGUACAGAAAAGAAAUGAAUGAAUGAUAUAUGCACAUAAUAUGUAAAUCUCUUACUGUUCGUUAGUUAAUAGAUAAA